AUGAAGUUUCUGAUUAUUUUUCUAGUUCCUGUUGUAUUUUCCGUCAGCAUUACUUCAAUUCCACCGAACAUUGGUUCUAUAGAAGACUAUGAAGUACGAGACGAUUAUAGAAAUAUCGAUAGAAGCAAAGAUCCACAAGAAUGUCUCGACAAGGCGGAGACAGCUGCAAGGACACCACGGGGAAACACAAUCACACCAAUAACUGCUGAACAAGUCGAUAAAGCUGAAAUCAUUAUAAGAGAUUGUAUUGAAAAUAUUGCGAAGAACAACAAAAAAGUGGAUGAAGUUAAAGAUGCUUUGAAUGAAAGAAUCUUUGAAACAUACAAAUUUCUCAAAAUUCACGGAAAUCCAUGCCAUGAAAAAUUUUUGAAUAAAAAAAAUUACCAGUGGAAUAAUUUGGAGGAUAAAGCUUGUUAUGAAAAUAGCAGACGGUCAUCGAAAGAUUGCGAAAAACUGUGGGGAAAAGAUGGAUGUAUGAUUGACGUAUGGAGAAAAGAAUGUGACGAAGAAGUUGUUAAAGGAAUGCGCAAUCUUAUGCCAUUUAUAAAGAAAGGUCAAGAGAAAUGUGUCGAUUUGUAUGCUCUUAAAUUUGAUGUUUAA